ACCGUCAGGCGGCGCGGCGGCGUGUAAACAGAGUGAGUCACCGCCUUUGUCGCAGCGCUGCAGCCCCGCCCCGCUGCCCCGCGCCCCACGCCUCUUCCCCACGCCCUCUCGCCACCAUAGAGCGGAGAGCACCACCACCAUGAGAGACCAAGUGUACCGGCCUACCACAACCCCCGCCCAUCAUGACCACACCAAGAACUGGGUGCCAACCAUUCUGGGCCCAACCUCCUCUGGCAGCAUGUGGUCCCGCACAUUGGUCCUCAUCAUCUCCAUCAUGUUUGCUGUCAUGGGACUGGUGAUGAUCAUUGUGGGAGCCACCUCAUACCAGUCCCUGGAGGAAGGAUCCCUCAAGGAAGUCAACAGCACUGCCUAUGUUAUUAUCUUGUGCUUAGGGGUGCUGAUGGAGGUGGCAGCCAUUCUUGCUGUAAUCUUCUACAUGAGGAAUGUGGGAUACUAUAUUCCGUGCUGCCCUGGCAAGAUUGCUCGCAUCAGAAAGCGUCUUCAUGAAAACCAAAUGAUGGUUAAUGGACAGAUGGUGACAGCAGGAGAACCAGUAUCUGCUCAGUACUGCCCCCCAACCCAGCCAGGUGUGGGCAGCACCCCUCCUCCACCAUACACUGAUGUCUCUGAGGAGCAAAGACUUAUGGAAGAAAAGACAGACCUUGGAGAGGACACUGAACGUAUCCUGGAGGAGGACCCACGAAUUGUGUUGACACCACUCAAGCCCCAUGAGGAACGCUAGGUCACUCUCUGCACUGCUCUGCACCAUUUCUCUAAGCCUCAUCUGUGUUGAUAGAAGGAUGCUGCUAGGGCACUAAGCUUGCUCUUCCUUCUGCCAGAAAAGUUGACUCUUGUCUUCAACCAUUACAUUCCUCACCUCUUAGGAGGCAUGGUGUCUCUGUACCCAGUUAAGUGGAUUUUGGUGUGCAUUUCAAGUGCAUGACCAAUAGAUUAUUCUUUGGUUUAUUAAUCAUUACUGUAGAAUUAAAAUGGAUGGUGUAGGUAGUUCUUAUUUAUAACUGUGUUCAAAACUUAUACAUGUUAACUGAUCAUCCUACACAGAAGUAGUUAACUUUUAAAAUUCCAAAUGUAAAACAGUUAUGGUUUGUUUAACUCUGAUUUUUUAAGUAAAUCAUUAUUCAGAUAUAUGUACUAUAUUUAAUAUGUUUAUUAGAGUGAGGAUAUUGUCAUCUUGGAUUCUCAUACAUAAAUGUACUUCACAUCCAAAGGAAAUGUUCUUUUACGAAAAAAUUGGACGUGGCUGUCCAUGAAUGAGGUACUGCAAUUACUCACUGCUGAGUUUAGCAUCAUCCAUGACAGAGGAAAAAUAAUGGUGCAGUGUUCGUCCUCACAUAAAAUGCGUAGAAAAGAUUCUUUGUGGUAAUUUUCAGUGUAAUUGUUCAUCUUGAGAAAAGGAUUAUAUGAAUAUUACAUGCGGUCACCUGUGAUAAGUGCUGAGUGUUAUCAUGUAUUGUUUUGCUUUUGAAAAAUAUACUUUGAAUGUCAGGAUGUUUUCUGCCACCAUAGGGCUUGGAGCUUACCUGGGCUCAUGGAUGCCUUGGCCUCCUGAGUUUUGGUACAAAGAGUCUUCAUAUGAAAUGUAUUUUAUUCAGGGGAUUAUAAGAUAUCUGAAAUUCUUCUGCACAAUUGAUUCAGCACUCAAUGCUUUCUUUUUUCAGCUUGGCAUAUGGAAUGCAACUCAAAAUUAAAUUAGGUAUACUUUCUUGCUUUUGCUGCAUUUAAUCACCAAUUUUGACCUAAAAUGAAACUCAUAAGCCUUAUCUUUGUUAUGUUAGGUGAUCUGGUAACCAUGUUUUCUAAGAAUUUAUUAGUUUUAUCACAUACAUAUAUCUAUAUAUAGAUGUAAAGGCAAUAUUAAAAUUUGGUGUACAAUAAUUAGAUUUGAUAAAGAAAAAUAUUUUCAUAUUUGAAUUUUGUUGUGUAUAUACUGAUAUUUGUGUAUUUUUAUAAUAUAUAUAUAUAUAUAUAUAUAUAUAUAUAUAUAUAUAUAUAUAUAUAUAUAUAUAUAUAUAUAUAUAUAUAUGAAACACCUGCAUAUGUUGCAAGGAUUUAGCUUAGUUUUGUUCCUUAGGGGAAUGGAAGGAACACUGCUAUGCAUUCCACUAUUGUGAGAUGUUGCAUUACAUCAAGAUACACUGAUAUACAUUCCACUGUUGUUAGAUGUUGCACUUAUAGACAAAUUUUCAAGGCAAGUAGGAACUUUUUACUUAAGAACUGAGCAUCAGCUUGGUUCAUGUUGGUCUUAUGAUAAGAAGGAAAUUUGUUUUGAUAGUCACAUGAAGUAGAUUAUUGUGUACCUGAGGCUCAUGAAGCAGAGGUGUGCGUGCAUGCGUUUCUUUCUAUUUUGGUCUACAUGCCUUUUAUUCUGCACUAUGAAUGACUAUAUAUAUAUAUAUAUAUAUAUAUAUAUAUAUAUAUAUAUAUAUAUAUAUAUAUAUAUAUAUAUAUAUAUAUAUAUAUAUAUAUAUAUAUCAUGCACAAUAGGGAUAAUAAUAGCCCAUUAAUGUUAUUGGGCAAGAGAAUUUUGGACAGUAAGGUUAAUCAUCAUGUUAGGUUAAUGUUACUGAGCAAGCCAUUAAUGUUAAUGGCCUUUUAUCCCUAUUGAGCACAAUAUAUAUAUAUAUAUAUAUAUAUAUAUAUAUAUAUAUAUAUAUAUAUAUAUAUAUAUAUAUAUAUAUAUAUAUAUAUUAUAUAUAUAUCAGAAAUGUGUGAUUGGGUACCAAAGACCUCAUAAAAUUUUAGUCUUUAAUUUCCCAUUUCCCCAUGUGAUGAAAACCUGUCCGUCCCUAAAGGCAGAGAUUUAUUCAUGCUAGUUGCCAUACAGUAAGGGUACUCUUCCCUCGGUGCACGAUUAUAGAAUCUUGAAGCAGAAAUCUUGAGACUUCAAUUCGAUAAUUGUAAAUGUUAGAUAUUAUGAGGGUUUUGUUGAGACAGACAAGUGCUCAUGUUAAACUGUUUUGACACAUUUUCAUUAGUGUUAAAGAUAAAUACAACAUGCGUCGGUUAUUGUAAAACGUAUCCACAUACAGGGAUUUAUUCUUACAAAGAUUUUGAGAGCUGUGGCUUCAUUCUUGAAGUUUCUUUGCAUUUGGUCUCAUUAAUUUAUUUGGUAUGCUAAUUUCUUGCAAGUGACAUUACCAAUUAUGUGUUGUAAUAUUCCAUGUUCCAGUUUCUCUGUAGCAUUGGACAGGUGUGAUUACUUGUUUUGUUCAUGUUUGUAAGAAAAUAAUGAAAGUAAUACUAGCUGAUGAAGAAAAGGUGAUCUGUAAAUGUUCCAUGCUAACAUAUUCUCUCUCUCUCUCUCUCUCUCUCUCUCUCUCUCUCUCUCUCUCUCUCUCUCUCUCUCUCUCUCUCUCUCUCUCUCUCUCUCUCUCUCUCUCUCUCUCUCUCUCUCUCUCUCUCUCUCUCUCUCUCUCUCUCUCAACUGAACAUGGAUUUACAAGUGGCUUUUAGCUUACAGCCAAGGCAUGCAGUGUAAUACAGUAUAAUUUGGUUUGUAACUGAAAAAAAUUAAUACUACACCAUAGCAUACUUGUUUACUACCUUCAUUGUGAAUCAGUAUGGAUUAUGUUACUUUGUACCUGACACUGUACGUGAUCAGAUCAAUUACAAUAAUUUGUAUCACAAGUGUUAUAAAUUAUCUGUCCAUGGCUGUUUGAACUUUGUUGAUAGUCACAGUCACUUCUUCCUAGCCCAGUGACCUUGAAAGCUAAGAUUAAAUUGCUCAUCAAGUCACUAUAAAUGAGUUAACCUUUGCUAUCCCAGUGAGCUCACUUUGGAGGACUGGGGGAGCAGAGACAGGUUUGUAGGUGUGACUGAUGCAGCUGCAGCAUAGAAUUUAAUGUACUUUUGUAUUGUUCUUGUACAGUAUAGAUUAUACUGUAUUGGCAUAACUAUGGAUUAUUUUUGUAUUAUUCAGAUUUAUACAGUACAGGUAUAUGAUCUUUUAUCUGGAACUUUUGGGACCUGAUGCGGAAUUCCAGAAUUUUCCAAAUUUUGAAAUAUAUCUUCUUCUGUACACAGUAUUUACAGCUGCCUAACUAUUUUCCAUAAGUAUAUGAGGUAUUCAUUAUUUGCAGUUUCUUCAUAAUUAACUCUGUAUUUAGAUGUUACCACAAAUCUCAUGGGUAAUUUAAUCCUUACAAACAUUGUCCUGCACACAAAAAUGUGUGUUGUUAUUCUCUAACAAACAUUGGAGACAUACCUUUUAUAGCAGCACCUAUACCAGCACUUAUUCCUAUGAACCACAAAUAAAGGAAUAUCAAAUAACAGAAUAUAAUAACAUUAACACACAUUUACUAAAUAAUUUAAAAGGACAGUAAAUAAGAACUGCUAGUGGAUAAUCAUGAUGCAUGCAGACAUCAGCCAAGCACCAUCCCUCUUGAGUAUUAUAAUAACCAGGUGCUCAUGAAAUUUGAGGCUAAUCAUCCCAAUAUGCUGUGACUGUAUGCAAAAAGCCACCAACUUGCAACUAUCGUUUUCCCUUUCAACUCUCACCAGAAACAGCCUGAUUGGGUGAGUAAACUGCUGACUUGGCAACUCUGGCAGGACUGACUGUGGCUUGCUUCUAGUCGGCGGUGUGGGCAGCACAGCACCACACAAAUAAACAUGUGAAUAAGAAAAUAGGUAUGGUAAUGGCGGUGGUACAAACGUUAAGAAACAGAGAAAAAUAUGGAGACCAAUAAAGUCUCUGGUAUAAAAACACUUUUUUAUUGCCAUGACUGACUUCCAGGUUUUGGAGUAUUCUGAUUUUUAGAAUUCCGGACAAAAGAUAAUGUACCUGUAACAUAAUUCUAUAUCAUAUUGUAGUGUACUGCAUGCUUUGCUGACAGCUAUCAAAAAUUGAAUGUAUUGGGUUUGCAAUCUUAUUUUGUUGUCAUAAUCAGUUACUGGGUGUUGACAUGAAAUUUUAAUAUUAUGUGUAUGAUUACUAUUAAUUUUAAUAUUGGAUGCUUUAUUGUUAAUGAAAAUUAUAUAUCUAGAAACUAUUCACACAUUUACAAAAACCAGUUAAUAAAUUAUAUUUCUACAUUACUACACAAUAGAGAUGGAACGAAUGUCUAUUUUCCACAUUUGCAAAUGUGAAUGCAAAUUGUUGAAAUUGCAGUCUGAUCCCUAUUCCAUCAUUCAAGUACCAAUAAUGUAUAAUUUCUUGAAAGUGAAACUAAAUUGUAUGAAUAUUUGGGGUUCUAUAUCAGACACAUUUGAUUUCUAAUUCCUUUAUUAAGUUCACCUCGAAUUUAUCGUAAGAGUUUGGCCAUUGAAAACUGAAUGAUUGUGACCACAGAACCUGACAGAGAGGCAGAGGAACAGGAUUGCUGCUUUGCUUCCAUAGUCUUCCUUCACCCCACUGUCGCCACUAACACAGUUACAAAUAUUUCUUUAUGUAAACUGUAAACUCUAAACUUUGGUAUUUUUCAAAUUAUACCUAUUUAUUUUUAUUACUUUUUUGGGAAAAUACUUGCAUAUUUGCAAAACAAGAUUUAAUGAAAAUUAAAUGACAAAUAAUGAAGCACAGUAAAUAUCCACACCUGCAAAUACUAAAGUGAGUGUUUAAUCUAUCUCUAUUACAUACACACACAUGGUAUACAUAUAUUAAUUACAUGAGCAUGAUGUUCUUAGUAUGGAAUGUUUUUUUUUUAUAUCCACUGUUUGGAGUGUUCAGCCUCAGACAUGAGGAUCACUGUUUAUUAAUUUUUAACUAAAAUCAAAUUGAGAUGAUCCAGGAGUCUACCAAAUGAUAUUGUUUAUAAUAGCUGAUGCUUAAAAGAAUAUGAAAUGGGGUAAAGUGGUUUUUGUCCAGGACUGAAAAGCAUUCAGUUUGACAAGUGAUAUUGAGAUCCUUUGUUAUGCUCAGGGAGAUGCCCUCCCAUGGAGAUUGUGUUAGGGGGGAGGCUAGUUGUGUUGUCUUUGCAGGAUUUCUUUAUGGUGUGUCAGUGGACAUCACUAGUGUAAUUAGAGGAAAGUCUGUCACUGUUUAUUAAGAAAUUUUUACUGUACUCCUCACCUAUUUGGACAGGAUCAACACCUUCAUUGGAAUUUCUUCUGGACCAGUGUUACGAGAGCUUUGGGUGUAGCCUGGGAGUAGGAAACAGGAAAUGUAACUAAGGGUAAUGUAAUGGUAAUGCUAUGUGUACCAUUUUUGUUCAUCUUGGCUACUUGCCAUUGCUUUGAUAUUUUACAGGCUUCAAAAUGAAUUAUAUUUUGGAAAGGUUAUGGGUAUUUUCCUCUUGCAAACUCAUGUGUAUUGACUUCUUAGUUCAUUGGUUGACUAGGAAAAGAUUGCCAGUCAACUUCUCACUACCUUUUUUGUAAUUUAAAAAGUAAUGAGUAAUGAUUCCAUUUUUAUUAAGAGGUGUGAAGGCAGUAGGAUGAAGUUAGUGUUAACUUUAGACUUUAACACAAAUCAUCACCUUCCAAAGUUCAAGCAUUUUGAGGUCCCAUUUAAUAACUAGUCUUUAGAUCAUUUUAAACAUAAUGACUAAGUAGAGUGGGAGAAAGUUCACCAAUUUUCUUUUGGUGACAUCAGAUUUUUAAGUGUUAUCAGUAAGGACUAGUAAUAUAGGUAUAAUAAUGUGCUUGCCUUACUGCUUUGUGUGUGUGUGUGUGUGUGUGUGUGUGUGUGUGUGUGUGUGUGUGUGUGUGUGUGUGUGUGUGUGUUAUUGCACUUUGCAGUGAAACUUGUGUGCAUGUACUCACUGUGUAAGAAGGUAUGCUUGCAUAUAAAUUAUCAGGAAAUUGUAUAAUGCUUUAAUUACCAUUUCCCACUAUCAAUUUGUCCUGCACACUCAGCCUGUCUUGCCAAAUCACAUUCCACUUGUUUGUUUUGUGCAGCGCUCUGAAGGAGAAAGACAAGUGUGCCUUAUGUGGGUGGCCUCAGAGGAUCCAGGAAGUAUUGCAUACACGACUGGUACAGAUUGUUGCUGGGGGGUUAUAAAACAAUUCACUUCACGCACGCACGUGUACACACAGACACACACACACACACACACACACACACACACACACACACACACACACACACACACACAAUAAUAGUCAUCAUCAUCAUCAUCAUCAGGCCAAGGAAGUAAUGGCUGGGAAAGGUCACAUCAUGUGUACUGCAGGAAGCAGUGAGUGACAUAGGUGUUUGAUGGUCGGUAAAAACUACAUUUUUAUUGUUCUCUUUAAUUAAAAUUUAGAGUCCACAUGUGAGGAAAAGAUUCUCUAUCUUUAUAAACUUGCUAUAAAUACUGCACAUUCAAUGCAAUAUAAUUAAAUUGUCACUCUUUUCUUAAUAUAAGGAUACCAAUAACAAUAGUUCAUGCAUUAUUGAUAAAUUAUUGGUCAUCCAGCUGUAUUGUUUUGUUGAUUAUAGAUAGUAAGAAUCAGAGAAAAUGCCACUGCUAAAAGUUUUAAAUUGGAAUUACAUUCUAAAUUUUCUGAAGACUUCCAGAAUGGAUAAAAUUAUUGAUCAGUUUUUAUUGAAAGUACAGGUAAAAAUAUACAUACAUAUGUGUUGUGCCCUUUCUGCCAAACACCCUUGUAACAUUUUCAGUCUUGCCAGUUAACAUUACACUCACCUGACAUUGUCUUUCAUGUUGCCUAAGGUAUUUUCUGAUCCGUCCUUGUUUUCAUAAAAGGUAUUGAAAUUGUUUUUAUUCAUAUAUUUUGUAACAUCUUGCAAGAGAAGCUGAACCACCUUGUGACACCCAAAGCUGUUAACACUUUUUUGCUGCUUUAAUCAAUCUAGUGUUUAUGUUAUGGUGAUCAAAAAUUUUUUAUAAUGAUCAAGUUCUGGAAGCAUUCACAAGAUAAAGUUUUGUCCUGCACAAUCUCUCAUUGUCAAGAAGUCUUGCAAUUUUGGGUGCUACUAACAAGGGAAACAGAUGAAAUAUAUAAAUGAAAAUCAUCAGCAAGUAUAGAAUCUGAACUUCAGCAGUUAUUUUUUGCAAUGAAGUAUUGCAGGAAAACAUUAAUCUAAUCUUAAAACUAAUCCAGUUAUUGUGAGUAUUGGAAAAAUUAAUAUGACUCACAUGCACUGAAACUAUCAACUUUCUAUGGCAAAUGUUUACAAUUUUAAAGAUAUUUGUUUCACACAGUAUAGAUAAUUAUGAUUGCCUCUUCCUUUGACAUACAUUCCUAAACAUGUCCAUCUAAUCAGUCUCUGAUCACAUACAUCAGUGAACUUUUUACUCUUGCUUUAUUUAUUAUAUCUACCAUGUAAUGAAGCUAACAGUAAUACCUAAGUUAGCAUGUCUAGAAUAAGUCAUUAUAAUAAUUUGUGUAUGGUGCAGAUAGAUGGCCAAUUAUUUCAUUGGGCCUCCAUAUCAUGUGAACAUUUUUCAGUAUAAUGUAAUUCAGUAAAAGAUAUGCAAAUCUUCUAAACUCUAGAAAUUGGAUGUUUAUCUGCUUGAUUAAAUGAAAUCAACAUAAUUUAACAAAGUUCAUUCAUAUGCUCUGUUAAUUACAGUUGAGAUUUGAUUCUCAAUUAACGUAACUAUUUUAUCUGUGUAGUAUUUAAAGUUAGCAAUUUACUUCCAGUCCAUGAUUUGCAUGUGCAGUGCCCUUGAAAUACAGACAGGUUAGUUUAUGGUGCAAAAUAUGAAUGAAUUUUGUCCUGCUUGAUUGGAAUGAAUACUGCAAUUCUUCAUCUAUAAGUAUUAUGAUAAUGAAAUUGAACGAGUCUUUCUACAAAUCUGCUUUACAAAACUAGACUAGAAUAUGGUGAUUGUGUUUAAUGGGUAACAGUAGCCAGGGCGAGCUUCUUUCUUGCAGAAAUCUAAAUAUUUCUCUCUCUCUGAAAUCAUAAAACUGUGCCUUGUACUUCUACAGGUAAUUCCUUGUGUCACAGGGAAACUGCUGUUAAGAAACACUUUUCUUUUAUGUCCAUGACAGUCAGGUAGAGAGAACUUUUGUUGAAGGAAUCCUGGAAUCCUGUUUCACUUCAAGGGUGUUGCAUGGAAAUGUAAUGGUGACACUUGAGAAUUACAUAGUAGCAGUUUCUUGUGUGCCUCAUGCUACUAGUCUCUCUCUCUCUCUCUCUCUCUCUCUCUCUCUCUCUCUCUCUCUCUCUCUCUCUCUCUCUCUCUCUCUCUCUCUCUCUCUCUCUCUCUUCAAAAGUCCAAAGAUAAUUGUGUGAUCAUAUGUAUCAAAAUCUGUCCAUUAAAGCAUAAAGAUGUUUGUGUAUGCAUUGAUGACAAAAUAUCAAAUUUUUGAGUUGAUAAAAGUAGGUAUGUGAGGGUCCACUGUGAAUGUAAUGUGACACUCUUGUUAAUAUUUCUGUAUAGGUUAGAACUUUGAAAUACAUGUAGAUUUUUAAGAUUGUCAAUUUGCUUUUGAUUAUUAUAUUUCUGGCACUGUCAGAGGAAGGGGCACAUUAUCUCCAUGUAUAAAUAAAUGAAUACAAGAAC